UCAACAAUGUGUGAGUCAAUGACCUGUGAGCAGACUUCAUUAUUAUCCGAACAGUCGUCAACAUUGUCAAGUGAAGCCUCAACUAGUAAACCUCAAACGAACAAUUUAGAGUUUUAUGAAUAUGAAACGCAGUUUUUUGGUUUUACACCUAAGGCUUUCGUGGAUGGAGUACAUAAUGCAUUGGUCGAGUAUCUGUGUGAUGGUGUGACUGUGGUGGAGCAGUACCUUAUGAAGGAGUUCAAAAUAACCGAUGGAUCUAAAGUAUCAGCAGAAAAGCUUCGAGAAUGUACUCAGAAGGUUUAUGCUCAUCUAAAGCCGCGGUACUCCACUGCCUUUGAUAAAUUAGAAUUUUUUUUAAUCCAUAAUCUUCUCCAUAUUCCAAGCCAUGUUGUACUGCCAGAAGAUAAGGUCAAUCUAGAUUUCAAAUUCAACGAAAACGAUGAAGACAAAGUGGACCGAGAAAUUGCCGAACUCCGAACUAAAAUUGAAAAUCUGAUGUAUGUGAACCACUGCUUGGCGCAAUCGAUAAAAGAUAUGAAGGAUGUUCAAAGUAGAAUGGAGAAUUUGCUGGCCAUGAUUGAGAAGAUUGAAAAAGUACACAAGGAUGCUGGAAUUACUGAUUUAAAGGAAACAGUGGCAUUCAAUCUCGAUAAAAUGAACAAGAUUAUUGGAUUGACUGGAAAUUUGAUGCUGAAAGGAAUACAAGCAAGGAAGUCAGAAGAGACAGAAGAAUGUGAUAUUGAGCAAAGAUCCAAGAAACUGAAAGUGACGUAACUUGUGGUGACACUGUAGGCUAUAUUAAAAGUAUUCAAACGACUUAUCAAUUUGUAUUCACGACAACACAACUAACAUUGAAUUUGUUUCAGCAUUAUCAUAUAUAUCACUUAUAUAAAUGAUUCAAGAUUUAGAUUUAAUUUCAACACUGCCAUUAUUGAUUUCCUUUGUCAUACCAAAUUUGUUUUCUGUUUCUUUUUUUUUUAUUCCAGUUUUACGAAGCAAGAAUCUUUUUUACAUGAACACAAAUGAAUGAAAUAAAAAGAAUGUUCUUAUUUUAAUAUAUAUAUAUGCAUGUGUUUAUAUUAUGGAAUUCUUCUAUUAGCAUGCACUUACAGACUUGCGUAUAUAACAGAG